AUGACUCUGCUGGCAGGAGAUGGCUCAGACUACGACUACAGCGCUCUGAGCUGUGCCUCCGAUGCCUCCCUCCUCCUCCCUCAACCCCCGCCCCUGUCAGAGCAGGAGGCCCUCAAGGGGGCUUUCUACAAACGGGCCCAGUUCCUUCCUGAGGACUCGGACCACCUCCUCACCAACACCACUUCGCCCUCCGCUACCCAUAAACUUCACGCCAUCAUCAACGUGGGCGGGCUGCGUUAUCAACUACCCUGGACCACCUUGGAGGACUUCCCUCUGUCCCGACUGGGCCAGCUGCGCCUCUGCAGCAGCUUCGACGAGAUCAUGCGCGUCUGCGAUGAUUACGAUGUUGCUCGAAACGAGUUCUUCUUUGACCGUUCGCCCUGUGCCUUCCGCACCAUCCUGACCUUCCUGCGGGCUGGGAAGCUGCGGUCCCUCAGGGAGAUGUGUGCCCUCUCCUUCAGGGAGGAGCUGCUCUACUGGGGGGUCCCUGAAGAGAACCUGGAGUGGUGCUGCCGUCGCCGCCUCAUCCAGCGGGUGGAUGAGUGUGACGAGUUGGAGCGGGCCGCCCAGGAGGACGAGGAGGAGGAGCUGAUGAUGGACACGGACAGCAGGCACCGUAGGGGUUCCACUGCCCUGGCUACGGAAACCCGGAUGGGACAUUGUAUGAACAAGCUGAGGGACAUGGUGGAGAGGCCCCACUCUGGCCUGCCAGGGAAGAUCUUUGCCUGUCUGUCGGUGCUGUUUGUCACCAUCACGGCUGUCAACCUGUCCAUCAGUACCUUGCCGGCCAUGAGAGAGGAGGAGGAGCAAGUAGGUGGACAUUGUGAGGACUAGGAGGCCUCAGUGCAGCACAACAGGUCAUACACUCCGUACACUUCCCAGACCCUUGAUAACAAAACCUGCACUUUGAAAUUGUAAAUAAUCUUUCUUGAAUAUCAGAGCUGUAAUGUAAAGCCCAAAGAGCAUUUGUAAAGUUAAAGUAAUAAUGGAUUACAUGCAUGGGCUAUAAUUUGCAAAGAAAACACAUCUGAAACAUGUGGAAAAGUAUUGUUCUAAUUUAAUAUACAUGCUCAAUUUCAUGGCUGACUUCAAUCACUGCAGUAAUUCACUUUUUCUGGCCUUGGUAGCCAGAAAACAUUUGAGUGACACACACACACCACUGCACUUCUCUGGUUUCAUUGUGAAUUCUAGGAGAGUACUUCCAGGUGGAGCAAAAUCAAUUAAUUUGUUUUUAGCCACAGUUAUCUGGCUGUAACCAUCAUGGAACAUAUUUUUUAACCCAGAAGUUAAUUCAUUACCCCAGAGGUGAUGGACUUUAGAUGGUGCUCCAAAGGCUGGUACCUGAGCAGUGCAUUCCAAAUUUGCAUCCCUGAUAGAUUCUAUUGUUAGACAGUUAGAAUCAAUUGAAGAGGAGUAUUUUGCUUUCUAAACAGUGUUCUGUCUGAGAACAAGCUUAUUGUACAUUCUGUGUAGACAUGAUACACUGGUAUAAGUAAUUUCCUACUCUGUGGGAGUGUUUCAUAAUAAUACUGCAUGCUUUCUUUUGAAAUAGAAUCAACUCAAAAGCCACUUUAUAUCAUACCGUAUGUGCUUUGAAUCGGUUAAACAAUUUAAUAUCUACAAUUGAAAAAACAUUUCUAAAAAACAACCUUCCAAAUAAUACAUAACCUUCGGGCUUGGAGAGCAUUAUUUCGUGUUAACUAAAUUCAAGAAUUUGUUUGUGUUUUUGUUUCAGUACAUAGUUUUAAAAAAUAUUUUAUGUAGCUGAAUAAAGCAACACGUACAAUCACAACACAUCACUCAGAACCGUCUGAGCAGAGAACAGAGAACAUAACAAAUAUUGGGAAUAAGCUGUGAAUAGAAAAUAUUUGGGCUGUUAUAAAUGGAGUCUGUGUUUAAUACCCUGCAGUCGACAGUUUGACAUUUGAGGAAUAGAAUUUGGGAUACCACAAUAACAUAACUUAGAUUUUAGGCAGCACCAUAGCUCCCUCUAGUGUCAAACUACUCUUGCAACCACAAAAAGUCAAGAACAAGUUCAGAACAUAAGCCUAUACACCAUGUAUAUGCUAGAUGUUUAUAUACAGGUGCUAACCAGUAUCUCUUGUGUCUUUUAGGGCAAGUGUUCCCAGAUGUGCUACAACAUCUUCAUUGUGGAGACAGUGUGUGUGGGCUGGUUCUCCCUAGAGUUCACCCUGCGCUUCAUCCAGGACAGAGACAAACUAGCCUUCCUGAGACGCCCUCUGAACCUCAUAGACGUGGUGGCAAUCCUGCCAUACUACAUCACCCUGGUAGUGGACAGCUACCAGGGGGAGAAGAAGCUGGGCUCGGGCAGCAGUUACCUGGAUAAGGUGGGUCUGGUGCUCCGGAUCCUCCGCGCCCUGAGGAUCCUAUAUGUGAUGCGGCUGGCCCGCCACUCCUUGGGCCUGCAGACUCUGGGGCUGACAGCGCGGCGCUGCACACGGGAGUUUGGGUUGCUCCUCCUCUUCCUCUGUGUGGCCAUUGCCCUCUUCUCCCCGCUGCUCUACCUCAUCGAGAACGAGAUGGCCGCCACCCACGAGUUCAGCAGUAUCCCCGCCACCUACUGGUGGGCUGUCAUUACCAUGACAACGGUGGGCUACGGGGACAUGGUUCCGAGGAGCAUCCCGGGUCAGGUGGUGGCGCUAAGCAGUAUCCUGAGCGGGAUUCUUCUCAUGGCAUUCCCAGUCACCUCCAUCUUUCAUACAUUCUCCCGGUCGUACGUGGAACUGAAGCAGGAGCAGCAGAGGCUACUGCAAAGACGAACACACUUCCUUUUACGCAGGAGGAUGGGUGGGCUGGGAAGUAACAUGUCGCUGGAGAGUGACUACCCCAACUGUGGCUCCUCUGAGACCAGGGACCAGGACGACUGA